CGACAUCAGAUGUGAGCCGUCGCCAAUUGGUUGCUAUGGAGGCUGCUGUGCUGAGGGUGAAGAGGAAGAGGGGAGCAGACCCAGCCGAGGCCCUGCUCAUUAGCUGUAAGAGGCUCCGUGUGCAACAGGAGGAGGAAGCGGCGGCCGGAGCUGCUGUCACAACACAAGUGUUUAGGCUCGCAGCUACUGUCAGCUCCCAGAAUGAGUCCCUUCAAAAGUAUGUUCGAGAAGCAAUCUCUCGAGACCGCGCUGUGCAGAUGCUGCGUCCGUCCCUGGGAAGCACCCAGAGAAUCCAGCGAGACCUACGAGUGUUGAAAGAUGUGCAACGGCAACAUAGCCGAUAUCGCGUUGUCUCAAAACUUAGACCUACCUGUGGUGAGGCGGAGGGCACUGAAGAUGGUUCACACCAGUCCCCCAGCCCUGAUGGUGACCACUUACCUUCCGAACCAAAUACGGAGGCAUCAGCUCAUGGAAAAGAUGACAAGGAGGCCACCGGUGGCAGCCACUUUCAGUUGUUUGACAUGGUGCAAGAAGAACUGGAUGCACCGCUUCUAAAGAAAGAAAGUAAUCCCGAAACGAUUUUGUGUAACUCGGUGAAGAUGAUCAGGGAGCACCUGGCUGUAUCCGACGAAAGCAAAGGCCUGGAACAUCGCGAGAGCUCGGAGGAGUUUGUAUACGACAUUUAUUACGCGGAGGCUUCUAAGCUUGAUUGGAUUCAAGACAUCCUCUCUGUCCAGCCGUACACACAAGAACAUGAGCUGGUCCCUGAUGACCCGGAACCAGAAGAAGUAUACGAAGAUGAAGACGAUGAGAAUGAGGAAAGCAACUGGAGGAACGACUACCCGGACGAAGAAGACAGCGACAUGGAGGAGAGAUACCAGGGUUAUUACGAAGACAGUGAUGAGGAAGAUGCCUGGAGCACUUUCCGUCGACAUAAUAUGCUUGAGAAGGAAGACGACGCAUAGUAAAACUCUUUUAAAGGUUUACUAUUUUCGAUUUAGAGGGUAUCUCUCUGUGCAGAUCAUGGAGGUAUUUAUCAGAAAUAGGCUUAACUUUGAUUAUAUUAUCCCAUCUUACUCCUUAACAGGCGAAUGAGACACCUGCACAAACUGCUCUGGGGCAGAGAGUGGUGUAUCAGGAUUCGCAGAGUAUCAUUAACGGAACCGUAACUUUAUUCUUUGAAAAUAAGUGUUUUGCCCUUUUUUUUUUUAUUGGUUACGACCCCAUGUAAAACAGAGUGGAAUAAAUGCCAACGUUAUCUUGGCGCUAAAUAUUUCACUACUACUGCCAAUCAUUCUCUAUGGAGACGCGUGUUCAUGGGCCUCCAAUCUUGCCGUUAAAUGUUUUAAAUGCAAAAGAACAUAUUAUGGAUUAAUAAAAUGUUUGAUAUUACUCACA